AUGCCGGCCGCGCGCGUGGGGGCCGUGGCGCCCUGGUGGGUGCGGUGGCUGCACAGCGUCCCGCACCUCGACCUGCGCCUGCAGCCCGUCGACGGCACCUUCGAGCCCCGCGAUGAGAGUUACCGGGAGUCGCUGCUGUUCCUGGCGCUGGUGGCUGCCGUGGGCCUGGGCGUCAACCUGCUCUUCCUGGCGGCUUACCUGGCCUGCACGCGCUGCUGCCGGCGGGACGAGACCAAGCGGCGUGACCCCUGCUGUGUCACCUGGACGGCUGUGGUGGCCGGGCUCGUCUGCUGUGCGGCGGUGGGUGUUGGCUUCUAUGGCAACAGCGAGACGAAUGAUGGGGUGUACCAGCUGCUCUACGCCCUGGACAGCGCGAACCACACCUUCUCCGGGACGGACGCGCUGGUGUCCGAAACCACCCAGACAGUGAAGGUGGACCUGGAGCGGCACCUGGCCCGGCUCAACGAGAUCCUAGCCUCCGAGAAGGACUAUAUCCAGACUCUCAAGUUCAUGCAGCAGAUGGCGGCCAACAUCGCGGUCCAGCUGACCGUCGUGCCUGAGUGGAAGGAGGUCACCGAGGUGCUGACUGAGCUGGCCACGAAGACGGACCAAGUGGAGUACUACAGGUGGCUGUCCUACCUCCUGCUGUUUGUCCUGGACCUGGUCAUCUGCUUCCUGGCCUGCCUGGGCCUGGCCAAGCGCUCCCGGUGUCUCCUGGCCUCGGCGCUGUGCUGCGGGCUGCUGGCCCUGAUCCUCUGCUGGACGUCCCUGGCCGCCGACAGCGCCGCAGCCGUGGGCACCAGUGACUUCUGUGCGGCUCCCGACACCUUCCUCCUGAACAUCACAGAGGGCCACGUCAGCGCAGCGGUGACCCGUUACUACCUGUACUGCAGUCAGAGCACGAGCAGCCCCUUCCAGCAGGCACUGACCAUCUUCCAGCGCUCACUGACCGCCAUCCAGGUCCAGGUGGCGGGACUGCUGCGGUUCGCCGUGCCCCUGUUCCCCACGGCAGAGAAUGAUCUGCUCGCCAUGCAGCUCCUGUUGAACUCCUCAGAGUCCAGCCUGCACCAGCUCACGGCCUUGCUGGAUUGCCGGGGGCUGCACAAGGACUACCUGGAUGCCCUCACUGGCAUCUGCUAUGAUGGCAUUGAAGGCUUGCUCUACCUCGGCCUCUUUUCCCUCCUGGCUGCCCUGGCCUUCUCCAUCAUGAUCUGUGCAGGACCCCGGGCCUGGAAGAGCUUUACCACCAGGGACAGAGACUAUGAUGACAUCGACGAUGACGACCCCUUCAACCCACAGGCCCGGCGCAUUGCCACGCACAUGCCUCCUCGGGGGCCUCUCCGCAGCUUCUGCAGCUACAGCAGUGGCCUGGGCAGCCAGACCAGCCUGCAGCCCCCAGCCCAGACCAUCUCCAACGCCCCCGUCUCGGAGUACAUGAACCAAGCCUUGCUCUUCGGUGGGAACCCCCGCUACGAGAAUGUGCCGCUCAUCGGAAGAGGCUCCCCCCCUCCCACGUACUCGCCCAGCAUGCGGGCCACCUACCUGUCCGUGGCGGACGAGCACCUGCGGCACUACGGGAGCGAGUUUCCGGCCUAACACCUGCGGCGGUUCCUGCCCCUCCAGCCAUUUGCGUUUCUGGUUACUGCAACUACAAGCACCUUUCUCUCCCGGACCCCGCGGGCGUCGGAGGCCACCUGCAGCGCGCUGCGGGACUGAAGCCUCCUGCUGCUGCAGGGUGGCGGCUGGGAUUCAAGGAGAGCAGCCUGGGGGGCGACUGAGACCCCCAACCAAAGCCUCGGGCCCCCAGAAGGCCCAAGACGUGGUCAGCCUGUCCCUCUGUUCUCGCCACACCCAGAGGCAACAGUGCUGGACGUCUGGAUCAGUGCACCCCUGCACCCCACUCUCGCCAGGUGGGCAGUGGCUGUGAGGGGGCCAGGCCAGGCUCAGGGUCCCAUAACCAGGACUGAAGGCUCCUUGACCCUCUGAGCCUCCCCUGUCCUGCUGUGCAGCGGGGCAGCGUCCCCCGGGAAGGGCGAAAGGGCGCGUCCGAAGGUGCUUUCGCGGGAAGUGUGUUCUGGCGCGACCGGACACUGCCCAGGCCAGCCUCCUGCGGCCACAGAGGGAAGGUGUUGGGGGCUCUGCCAAGGAGGCCGAUGGUUCCAGGGCGGGGGGUGGCACAGCCUGGUGCCUGGUGGGUUCCCCAGGGACACGUGGGAACCUGUCGCUUUCCGUCCCCCGCCCCCGCGUUGCCAGCAGCGAUGCUGUGAGUUUGCUGCAGCUGCGGACCGUCUCAGGUAUUAACAGACACUUUCAAAGCGACUUUAACUUUUUCCCCCAGUGUUUUACAUAUUUUGAUUUUUCCAAAGAAUUGAGACUCAUGCAUAUCCAGUUUUUAACAUAGACGAAGGGCUCAUUUCUAACAUCUGGUUUGUGUAUCGUUCCUUGGCUGGCCUCGGCCGGCUCUUUGAGGACCUGGGAGAGACCAGCGAGACAUCCUGUCCCAGGCCGCUGUCUGAUUGGUGAGGCUCAUCCUGCUCUGGGAAGAAAGCUUUUGAAGGGAGGAAGAGGGCCGAGAGGGUCAGCUGAACAGAACCCACUGUCCCCGGGAGAUGGCCGGAUGCCCAGAGCAACUUGCUUUCCCUUUGUCUUCAAGCAAGUUUGUAGCAAAGCAAGAUUGUAGCAAAGCAGCACAACCGAGUGGAUACUGUGAGGGGGCUCUGCCCCACGUCCUCCACCUCGCCGUCCCCACCCGGGUGCCCAGGACCUGCCCCGCGCCUGCUGCUGAGAAGCAGCUCGUUGGCAAGAGGAAAUGGUGACCCUGCUGUCCUGUCUGCGGAGGAUCCGGGCUUGGGCCUGUGGGGCUCCCAGCCUCCCUGACAACACCGAGGCCCCCCGCAGCUUUGGGCACCAAAACAGGGACGUGGCGGCCGUAGAUUGGGACGAGGGUUCUAUUUCCGUUUUGGAAGAGCCACCUUUUCGUCACUGCCGAGACAGCGGAGUGACUCAGCUCCAGCCAAGCCUCCGCAGGUGAGCGAGGCCAAGGUCAGCCGGGACUCAGCUGUGCACACCCCGUUCUGGUCACACGCCUUGCGUGGCCGAGGCGCAUGCAGCCCGGAACUCUGCCCCGUUGAGGGGUUGCUUCUUCACCAUUUCAUUGUCAGGGACUAAAGAGUUAUUUUUAAUGCAUGUAAACUAAACCAGAGUCCCUCGGGCGGUUCCUGUCGGAGCCAGGUGGGCGCACCUCUGCUUGAUGUGUGUGUGCCUCCCCCUGGGAGAAAUAAACCUCUUGUACUAAGUUGUGCGCCUACUCUAACUCGCCGGCUGCCAGGAGCAGGGUGCCCGUGAGUGCUAGGUUAUGCGGUGGCAGGGCUUCCGAGCCCAUGUCAGCACAGGACAGAGGGUGAGGUUUUUGAAUGACCGUCAUGGGGUCUUGUGCAUAUGGCCUCUGGCGCCUCAUCAGGACCAAAGACAGACCUUACUUCUGCCCUAGUCCUACCCCAAAAUUCCCCUGAGAGGUUGUUCCUGAGGUCACUGAUAACUGGCACUGAGUACCUGCAGGGGACCAGGGGUUCUUCCACAUGUUUACAUUCAUUGUUCUUCAAAGUGUACAAUAACCAAGAGAUUAUUCAGUUUGCAAAAAAGUCAACAUGCAGAGCAGGGAAGGCCUUGGAGAGUGGCAGAGCCAAGGGCGUCUAUCCCAGAGCCCAAACUGAGUGCCUCUAAAUAGUCCUAGGGGGUUGGGGCAGUGGGUAUGAGGC